GCCUCCUACUCAGUGUCAGUGGUCCAGCAUGGAGCGGCUGCUGUUGUCUGUCUGCAGCUAACCUGAAGCAGCCUGGAUGGAGAACCGGUGGCCUUUCAUCAUCCACCUGCACUGACUGGAGACACCAGCAGCCUGGUCACCAUGGAGCCUGGCAGAGUUUGGUCCAGAUAUCAGAGGACAGUGCUGCUCACAAUGAUGAUGUUCAAGCUGGGAUUAUUGUGCACAGCAGCAGCAGACAGGUGUUUAUCCUCUCCUUGCAACAAUGGUGCAACAUGUAUCGACCACAGGGGUGAAUAUGUGUGUCUGUGCACCAAAGGACCAGUCUGGUUCAUGGGUAAAAACUGCGACGAACGCUACGAUCCCUGUAUUUUUGCACCUUGCAGCAACUGUACCAGUGAACUUGGGACGGAUCAGUUCACCUGCCAGUGCCCAGAUGGCUUCACAGGGAACAGAUGUGAUCAGGAUGUAGAUGAAUGCCAGAGUGACCCCUGCAGUGGUGUUAAGUCCAACUGUGUGGACAAUGUCAAUGGGUAUUCAUGCCACUGUCUUCUUGGUCUGGGAGGUGACGACUGCCAGGAGAGCGUGGGCACUUGCUCAGAGGAAACAUGUCAGAAUGGUGCUACUUGCCUGGACGUCCCUGACCAGGGCCCUCAGUGCCGAUGUGCUGCUGGAUUCCAGGGGAAUAACUGUGAGGAGAAUAUUGACGAGUGCUGGUCUGACCCCUGCCAAAACGGAGCCAUCUGUAAAGACGGAGUUGAUGGCUAUCAGUGUUUCUGUGUGCCUGGAUUUCAGGGCUAUCAUUGUGACCUCGACAUAAAUGAAUGUGCCUCACAACCCUGUCAGAACAAUGGCACAUGUCUGGAUUUGGUGGAUCACUACAUGUGUGUCUGCACUCCAGGUUUUAAAGGCAUCAACUGUGAGGAGGAGAUCGAUGAGUGUGAGUCUCUUCCCUGUCAGAACGGUGCCACCUGUCAAGACCAUGUUGCUUUGUACUCGUGUGAGUGCAUGGCAGGUUUCCAGGGCCAGGAUUGCGAGGUCAACAUUGAUGAAUGUGCCAGCAUGCCUUGUCUGAACGGGGGCAAGUGCAAUGAUAGGGUCAACAGUUAUCAGUGUGACUGUGACGGGACGGGCUUCACCGGGGACCACUGUGAAAACGACAUCCUGGAAUGUGCAUCUGAUCCCUGCCAGCAUGGAGCCACAUGCUCAGAGGGAAUCAACCAGUACAUGUGCCUCUGCUGGCCAGGUUAUGAAGGAGAGAACUGCCAGGUGGAUAUAGAUGAGUGUGAACAGCAUCCAUGCGAAAAUGAUGGAGAGUGUUUCCAGCGCUCCAUUCUCCAGAACUAUGGGACGCUUCCUGAACUGACCACAGCCAACUUCAGCUACAACGUAGCAGCUGGCUUCAUUUGUCGCUGCCUGCCAGGAUUUGCAGGAGAUAACUGCUCAGUCGAUGUGGACGAAUGUGAGUCUGCUCCGUGUCAUCAUGGCGGAAGUUGUCAGGAUCAGAUCAACUCCUUUCGAUGUGUGUGUCCAGAGGGCUUCACGGGUGUUCUCUGCGAGGUUGACAUCAAUGAGUGUGACAGCAAUCCCUGCCAGAAUGGCGCCACGUGUGAGGAUGCUGCCAACUCCUACAGGUGUCACUGCCCCAUGACAGAGCGGGGUCAGGAACCCUGGGGGGGGCGUGACUGUGACGUAAAGCUGCUCGGCUGCCGGCAGCACCAGUGUCAGCAUGGGGCGACUUGCGUCCCCAUAUUAAACGUUGCCGGAGAUCACAGUUACAUCUGCAUGUGCUCCCCUGGCUGGGGUGGAGAACGCUGCAACACCCUGACCACCUUCUCCUUCAACAUAGAGGGCUAUGUUCUCAUGCAGCUGCCUGUUUUCAGGAACAAGACGAAACGAGAGGCUGUCGAAAAAAUCCAAGCACUCCACAUGCAGCUUCGUUUCAGGAGUACUCUACCCAACAUGCUGCUGUACUACCGGGGCACCAUGGAGCGUUUUCUCUCCCUGGAGCUUGUUGACGGCACUCUACAGGCUACGCUGAGCUCAGGGAAGGUACUGAAGGUGGUUCACCCCAUCCCGGUCAAUGAUGGAGAAUGGCAUCAGGUGACUGUAACGAUGGAUGAUGGGUUGGUUCUGACUGUGACAGGACCUAGUUGUAAGGAAGAAUGCCAAGUGAGGAAUGAAGGUCACAACCAUCUGAUUUUCCUCCAGCCUAGAUUUUUCCAACAGCUCUAUAUAGGAGGAAUUCCUCAGAAUUACUCCUCUCACUUAUCCAGUGAGAAAGGAUUCAUUGGCUGUAUGGAAGACCUUAAAGUUGACCACACACUGCUGCUACCUCAGGACCUCAUCAGGGAGGAAAACAAGGGCUUGGAACUCGGAUGUUCCAAAAGGGACUGGUGCUCUGAGGGCGUCUGCUCGGACCGAGGACAGUGUGUGGACAUGUGGGUUCGUGCAAACUGUGUGUGUCAUCGGCCAUAUUAUGGCAGCCGCUGUGAAAAAGAAUACCAGUCAUUGACCUUUGGCUAUGAGAACACCAGCAGCUACUCUUUUAUCAACAUUUCAAACAGCCAUGGAGAAAACUUCACCAUUUCCUUUUUAAUGCGAUCCCUAAAACACAGCGGCCUGCUCCUGCAGUUCCACCGAGAGGGAAAGUCCUAUCUGACGGUCUAUCUGAAGGAAAGCACUGUUGCCAUCUACAGUCCUCACACAACUCUGCUGUCUGAGGCUAAGCAAGUCACUGAUGGAAAGAACCAUUUAGUGACCAUAAAGAUUAUCAAUGGCCAUGUGGUUUUUCCUAAAGCGGGGAACCACCGUGCCUUAGGCAACCUGAGCGUAGAAGCAGGAGAUGUGGCAUUUGUUGGAGGGCUCCCUGCAGGCAGGAACAUGAAUGCCUGGGGUGGAAACUUCAAGGGCUGCCUUCAGGACAUCCGGCUGGAUGACAAACAAAUGAGUCCUGGGGAUCAUCUGGAGGGUUUGGAGCUUUACCAGUUCACCACGGUGAAUGUGCUGCCAGGCUGUCACAGUGACGACACAUGUAAGGAUAACCCCUGUUUAAAUAACGGACAAUGUCAGGUCACUUGGAAUGACUUCACGUGUGUGUGCCCCAGUAACUUCUCGGGCCGGCUCUGUGAAACCCGCCUGUGGUGCAUUGAGAAGCCAUGUUUUGAGGGAGCAAUCUGUGUGGGUCUAACAGAUGGUUACGAAUGUUUGACAGAAGCUGUGUUUCAGGACAAUUCUCUUCAGUUUGUUGCCAAUGGCUCCCUGCUGAACCCUGUGACCAACAUCACCAUGGCCAUACGGACAAGGGACGAAAAUGGGAUCUUGUUGCGUUCUGAAGGCAGAGAAGAGGUUUUUUGUUUGGGUUUAUUAAACUCCAGCCUGCUGGUCAAGCUGGAUAGUGGGCCAGGUGAAGAACUGCUGGCCUUCAUGAGUGACAGGACCAUUGCAGACGGGGCAUGGCACCAGAUCCAGCUCAGUAUGGUCAACCCUCUCUUUCCAGUGUCUCGUUGGCACCUCACAGUGGAUGGGCAGAAAGCUGGUGGCAGCUUUGGCGUUGGAGGAUAUCUCAACUUCAUGAAUAACAGCAAAGUUUGGCUGGCAGAAAACUACACUGGUUGUUUACGGGAAGUGAGAAUAGGUGGUGUCUAUCUGCCUCUUCAAAAGGUACCAGAUGCCCCUCAGCGAAGCCAGUUCUCCAUGAUCAGUGGACUUCAGCCAAUCAUUGGAUGUCAAGGUGCACCAGUUUGUGAAUCCCAGCCCUGCCUUAACCAGGGACUCUGUCAGGACCAGUUUAACGAGUUUAACUGCAGCUGUAGCCCUGGAUGGGAAGGCAACCUGUGUGAGAAGGAGAUAAACGAGUGCUCUUCAGCUCCCUGUGUCUAUGGUUCCUGUACAGACCUCAUGGCAGACUACCAGUGUACAUGUGAUCCUGGAUAUGAUGGGAUCAACUGCCAGAAUGAAGUGGAUAACUGUCUGGAGUUCAGCUGUAUUAACGGAGGAGUCUGUGAAGAAAUUACUGGCGCUCAUUCAUGUUCAUGUCCUCCUGGGUACAAAGGCACGCGCUGCCAAUGGCGUUUCCCUCCAGUAGCUUGUGAUGCAAGCAAGGAUUGUCUCAAUGGUGGGGUCUGCAUAGGAGGCAACUGCACCUGCAAACCUGGAUACACUGGCGUCAGGUGCGAGACGGAAAUAGAUGAAUGCGAGUCCAGUCCGUGUCAAAAUGGAGCCACCUGUCUGAACCGACUCAACCACUUCCAGUGUGUUUGUGUCCCAGGCUUCAGUGGCAAGCUGUGUGAGAGCAAUAAAGGAGAGCAUAAGGAAAGAGUUCCCUGGCUGGCAGUCACCAUCCCCCUGACCACCCUGUGUGUGCUGUUAGCCAUCCUGACUGUGUUUUUCCUGAUCAUGACAGCAAGGAAGAAGCGGCAGUCGGAGGGUACGUACAGCCCCAGCUGUCAGGAGGUGGCCGGUGCCAGGCUGGAAAUGGGCAGUGUGCUCAAAGUGCCACCAGAGGAGAGGCUGAUCUAAAGCCUUACAUUCCCACCUCGCUAUCUUACAUCCAAAGGAUGCAUAUCAAGCCCAGGAAAAUAUUUAGCAGUAUCAUACUGCUUUAACAACAAAUAAGAGACAGUGGAAGAUGUCAUAAACUGCCUGGAGUAACUAGUGACACUGGAUUCGUCAUUAAAUGGUUAACAAAGGAAAAACCUUUUUCUGCUGAUUCCAACGAUGACAAAGAAGAAUGAGGAAUGUGGCUGUUGAGGGGAAAUAAGUUUCUCCAUGUAUUUUACAUAAUGUGAAAUUUGCACAACAGUCUAUUUAACUGACAAGUCCUGGCAGCUUUUUUUGACAAGCAAAAUCAUUUUAAACUUUUUAACUAUUUUCUUGUACCCAGCCAACUCAUCCUUCUUUUCUUUUUUUUCCAGAUGAGAUAUUUUGCCUAAAGCUUUGAGGAUAAAAUCAUUCUGUGCGAAUGAUUUUACAGUGCAUGUGGUAGAACUUUGCCUCACAAUUGAAAUAUCUUUCCAAGCCUGAAUGGACGUCCACCCAGGCUUGGAAAGACAAAGUCUUACUGCGGCAUGUAGGGAUGUCCCAAUCAUUUAAGAACAGGUGUCAGCCCAGGCCCCAUCUGGUUAAAAUAACUAGAUGGAUUUACUCUGUGAUGCUCUAACACAGGUUAACAAUGUAAAACGAAGUGACAACCUGGAAAUGUAAAGUUAUAUAUGCGUACAUCUAAAUAACGUACAUUGAAGACAUGCAUCUGUCUUCAAUAAACUCAGUUCAGUGGAGUGCGUUGCUGCAAUGGUUGGCUAACAUUAGCAUCGUUGGUCACUGUUAUCACUCUAUAAAUUAGUUCACAGUGCAUUUUGUUGCAGUUUCAGUCAAUAGAGAUAAUUCAGAAUACACUUCUCCUGCUUCAGAAACUGCAGACAGGUGUUUCUGUCUCCAGCACUGAAACUUUCCUGAACUUAGCACACGAAGAAGAUCACAUGACACAAAAUGGGCAAAAAGCAUCAAAAGAUAUUUAGAUUCUAAGCAUUUUCUCCCCCAAAAUUACACAGAAACCAUAAUACAGAAUUAAGAGACUCAAGAAAAUCUGCAGUGAUAAUCAAAAAAGUUACUAUGCAGAAUGCAACUAAGGCGAAAUGACAGGCAAACAAACACCAGGCACACUGAACAUGUGAAAAGGAUCCUGAGGCGAAACCUGGGAUUGGACUGGGACAUCGUCAGCUGUAUUAUUUAUUUAGUAAACACUGUAGGGCUCAAUAGGCUAACUGUGCUACCUAUUAUUCUUAUUCUACUUACUUUGAGUAUUUGUCCUCAUUUUUGUGUUUUGGGUUAUAUGUUCGUCUAAACUGCUCAAGUUGAAGUCACUGAACCUUUUUUCUAUAUUUUCAUAUUUGAAGUAUUUAUUUAAAAAUGCUGUUGCUGUGGUCAGUGUGUCAGAAAAAGCUCCAAAAGGGGAUAUUAAGUUUAAUCAAAUUAUAGUUGUCUACGUUUGUGUGUUCAACAAUUUGAUGUGCGAACAUUGUUCAUGACGACUUCACAAUAGGGAAACAACUGGCAUGGCCUUGUCCAGAGAAGAAAAACAUAUCUACUGUUGAUUAGGCAUAAAACACUCUUAUUAAUUGCAAAUAGGCUGCUUAUGUAGGAAAAAUAAUCUGCUUUAAUAAAGAAUAAUUGUUGUGGUGUGGUAAUGCCAUGACGAACUAAACCACAUUACUAAAUGUAAUGACAGUGGACACUUUGAAGCGUGCCUCUGACAAAACAAUCCAUUUAAAGAACCAGACAGCCUUCCACUGCAUGAGAGGAAUGUGAUCAGGAAGCUGUUACAAAACACAGAUCUGAGAAAAGGCAGCGGUGUGGGGGAUGCAACAGGGCUCAGUCUUAGUUCUAAUCUUCCUUACAGUGAACUGGGAAACCUGGGUUUGGAGAACCAGCUAGGAAUAUGAUCAAUGUCAAAACAUGCUGGACUGCCAUACAGACUGAACAAAUAUUUUAUAUGGUAAUUUUGCACCUUGUCACUUUGAAAUCUGACAGAUGAUUUAUGCGUUAUUGCUUUCAUCCGAUCCAUAAAAAUACAACAACAACAGGUAAGGUGAAGAAAAACAACUUCAUAAGUAGCUUGUGGCUUAUUAAAAAUGCAGCAGGAAGAUAUCCUGCUUCAGUCACUGGGAGGUUUGUUGAACUUUCAUUUUGCAAGGGCUUAAAAUUGUAGCCAAACUUUGGCGGGUUAAUUGGUUGAAAAAUGUGUGAAAAGCUACACUUUUCUAUUAAAAACAGAUGAAAUGUAUUUCCUAAUACUGCUGAAUUAGGAAAUACUUUAGCUGUUGAGACCUGGCUUUGAUUUGGUCCUGCUCAUAGCAUUGGUUUGUUUGUUCAAACUGAGGACAAACUGACCGCUGCCUCCUCCAGGUCAGAUACUGACUACUUUUAAUACUUUACAUUUCUAAAAAAAGAAAAAAAAGUCUCAUAAUGUUCUCUUUACUUUUUGACAGGCAUUGUAUUAGUACAAGAUGAAUUAUGUUAGCUACUUGGGAAUAUUAAUGAUUCCAACAUGCUCCUGUACGUCUCUGUACCCAGAAAAACCCAAAAACUUGCUUGCCUUUUCCUUCUGUUCUCUGGUGCUGCUAAUUUCUCAAAAUCAUUCAAAGAGUUGCUUUUGCAAUACUGAAAGGUGCUUAUCUGACAUCAAGUCAGUCUAACACACUACCCUCAUCUUAUGUCAUGGAUAAUUAGUUUCUGCAGAAGAAGUUCCUUAUAAAAUGAUGGAAAAACAAACGGCAGAAUUAUGUGUGACAGGAUGAAGUAAGAGCAGCACUGUGGCUGGUGAACCCAGGUGUUAACAAAGCAAUCUAAAGGCACUGGACUUUGUUUUAUCAUACAAACGUCUAGUUUUUGAAGUUGUUCAUGUAAAUGGUGUUUUACAUGAAUUAAAUGUGACAUAAGAUGACUGCAUAUGGGAGUAGUUUUAGACAGAAUGAAGCAAAAUGCCAAAAGUCUGGUUAAAAAGAGAAAAUGCUGUUGAAUCUACACAUGAAAGGAUAUGUUGCUGGUUUUUUUACAUUUCCUGUUCAAUCCGUCUUUUGCAAAAGGGAAGAUGGUUGGAAUUGAGGUGUUUAAUGUAUUUUUUAUGUCUAGAUGAUUUCUUUCUACAAAGUAAAUACUGUAUGUAUUCAUGUAAUAUAUGUACAGUCAGGCCAAACUGUAUUUUGUUGCUGAGUUUUUUCUCUAUCACUCAGUUUCUUUUUAACAUUGCUGAGCAUCUAUAACUCCCAUAAUCUAUGGUUGCAUAUUAGUUUUUAUAGUUGCGGUUUAACUGUGGAAAAUCAUCAGGAGGUGUUGCAUUUUAACCGGAUCAGGCAAACAGCAAUCAGAAGCCAAAAAGGGAAUACAGAGAAACAAACUUCAAAUUAUUAUUAAUGUCAAAUUUUGAGAGUAAUUUGCUAUUUAUUACUGGCAUAAAUCUGUGUUUGCUUAUUUUGCAAAAGUAAUUGUUAGGCUAAUUUUAUCAAGUCAACUGAUGUCUACAAAUCUCAAUCCUGUACUGAUGAAAUAACAAUAUAAAAUUUGAAAAUAGGAAAACAUAUAUGUUCAUGGUGCAACACUGAUAUGUGCCUUGAUGUUUUCUGAAUCCAUGACACUGAUGUGUCCCAUGAUGCUGUAUGGAUGCUCUGUGUUUAGAUUGACUGGCAGACUGAAGAAGACUUAGCACUCCUAAGAUCUUACAAUAUUGACAACAUGUUAUUUUACACUGUUAUUCAAAAGGUAAAUGCAUGUAUUUUCAGAAUGGUUGUGAUCAAGCACUGAAUCAUUUAAACUUGUAAUAUGCUCAGCUUUGGUAAAAAUGAAGUUUCUAUGAAACAGUUCCUACUAGUUUCACUUUUAUGUGAUAGAGGAAAUAAUAGUUCCCUGAAGCUGUGUAGCCAGAGCCUCCAAUUUCACUGAUUUUAACUCAGCCUACAUGUGUUAAUGUUUCUUUGGCUUUGAAUUUGUAUGUGUUGAUCUGAUGUCAUGCCCAAUGUGUUCAAAGAUGUCCUUCUGGAAGACAACUCUUCAUAUGCACUGACUGAACCUGUCUAUGUGAAGAUGCAUAUGCUUAACAUUGAUAGUUUCUAUAUAUGUUUUAUGUUUGUGUAAAUAGAGCCAUAUGGUUGUCAAGCACAUAUGUGUGUUUUUAUUUGUGUUUUCACAGUUCAAGUAAAAAAAGAAAAAGUGAAUUUAACAAGUACUGAUGCUUUUAUCUUCUAAAAUUGUAAUAAAUGUCACACGUUUAGCUCAGUCAAACAUAACGUGACUUAAGAUAAAUGUCUUUUGGUCCUUAAAAGGACAGAAAACAAGAAUAUGGCACACAACACUUCUGUGCCUUAAGCAUUCUGGGAAUACACCAAAUAUAGAGAACAAAGCUAUUACUCCACAAGAAAAAGAAAGAGGAAUUCAGGACUUGUGGACUUUUGAUAAUGAAUAACAUCAUGAAAAAUGAACAUUAUCCAGAAAUAUACAUGAUCUCAGAAUUUCUUCAAUUUUGGAGCCAGAGUUAGACCGGUAUGUUAGCACAUGGCGUUGACAAAGUUCUGUCAGAAGGAAUGAGCCAAACCUUCAGGAUUUAACUGUGAGAAGCUUGUUGAAGGAAUCAAAAUGUGUGACCCAAGUCAUACAUGUUAAGGGGGAAAUUCUACCAAAUAAUAUGGUAACAUAUGGAAACUUGUUUAUUUGAAGAAAGGUAAAGCAAUUCUCUUAAAAUUGUUGCAUUUAACAAAUAGCAAUGAUUUUGGUAAUGCUAACGGGUAGGGUAGGAAAUGAACUGCAUGAAGUUUUAAAGUGAAGCAGUGCUGCCUUCAGGUAGGUGGAACUUGCCAUCCGACUUUCAUGUCAGCAUUCCAGACUCCUCCACUCCCACGUAAUGGGUUAAGGGAGGAUGAGGGUGAUGCUUGAUCUAUUAGAUGGGCUAUCAGUAGCCAAUCCAAAACCAGCAGACACUCUGGAUGGGAGUCUCAGAUGCACAAAGGAAUGCACUCUUAUAUUAACUGAGUGGGACAGAAAUAGGAUGUGGUGUGGUAGAGGGGAUGUAUUUUGAGAAGAACACAGUGGGAAAAAAAGAAAACUUAUAACGGUGUCAAAAGUGCAUCUAAUUCUCUUAACUCUGUAAGUGUUGGAAAAGUGAGUUCAAUUUUGUCUGGUUGUACAUUUGGUAUCCUUUCUUUUGAUCAAACUUUACCCUGUCAACCACUUGGAUAAAAAUGUCUUUUUCCUAUCA